AAUACAAUAUCGAUUUUGAUUUUAUGUGAUGUUGUAAUGAUAAAUGGUGCUUGUUUAGAUGUUGCUCAUCUACUGUACAAGCCUUUGCUUGGAUAUGGAGGAAUUGCACCGGUUGGUGUUAAACUGAAACAUGAUAUCAGUGCAAGAUUAAAAGAUUCCUUAUUCUUAGCAAAUACUUUUUACGAACUUGAGUUAUCACAAUAUUUACCGCCUAAAAUCCUGGAAAUUGAUCCAGCGUUGCUGGAUAAAUCUUCGCCGCACACACGAGAACUUUCAUCGGUUAUAAAAGAAUUUUAUCGUGAACCUUGGAACAAACAAUUUUCAACGCUUAAAAAAACGACUUUCUUUUACAAUGAUUCAUUGAAGCAAUUAAAAAAAAAUAUCAUCAACGGUGUGAUUUGGUUUGGUCAGUCAUUAUCCGAAACAGAUUUCUCUGCCACAUGA